CCAGCCGCCAUUUUAACAUCGGGCUCCCGGGGUUGCUGGACUGGGCGGUAGGAUUGAGCGUUGCUGAGGGAGAGACCCGGGGGGAGGAGAAACCCCGAGGCGUUGGCCGCUAGCGAUCUGAAGUUAACUCACACUCCUUCCCCCCCCCCUUUCCCCGUUCCCUCCCUGGGCCCCUACUGAGAUGAGCAGCUCGGAUAACCAGACGGACGGGAACGAGAUGAAGAAGCAGGGCGGCAGCGUGCUCAAUAGGAUAAAGAGCAGGAAGAACCCAGAGCCCGAUUGCUUGACUCCGGUCACCGAGGCCGAGCUGCUGCAGAAGGACUGCAUCAACCCGCUCAACGUGCUGUGCCUACAGAGUGCCACCGAGACCUACUUGUGUAAGCCUGAAGAUAAUGUAUACAACAUUGACUUCACACGGUUUAAGAUUCGCGAUAUGGAAACUGGGACGGUUUUGUUUGAAAUUGCCAAGCCACCAUCCUCUGAGUUAGAAGACGACGAUGAUGAGAACGGGAGAAUGGAUUCCAGUUCUGGAAGGUUUGUUCGUUACCAAUUCACUCCUGCCUUCUUGAGGCUGAGAACAGUUGGUGCAACGGUAGAAUUUACAGUUGGAGACAAGCCUGUGAAUAGCUUCAGAAUGAUUGAAAGACAUUACUUCAGGGAGAAGCUGUUGAAGAGUUUUGAUUUUGACUUUGGAUUCUGUAUUCCUAACAGCAGAAAUACGUGCGAGCACAUAUAUGAAUUCCCUCAACUUUCUGAAGAAAUUAUCCAAGAGAUGGUGGACAAUCCUUAUGAUACACGGUCUGACAGUUUUUACUUUGUGGACAGCAAGCUGAUCAUGCACAACAAGGCAGAUUAUGCAUACAAUGGAGGGCAGUAGUGAACCUGUGCACAAUAUAUAUUUCUGCAACACCACCCAUUCGGUCUAAGCUUGCACUGAUAACGAAGAGGUUGGCUUUUUGGCUGGGUGAAUGAAUUACGUUUUAUCAUUUCUAUGCAUUCUGUAUCAGAAGGAAAUCAUUUGGUUAAGUUUAUAAAGGUGAUUCAGUUGGAAACUCCAUCCCUCGGUGUAUGUAUUGUUUACUAUAUCUAAAAUGAAUGCCUAGUUGUGAUGAAAGAUUCCUCAUAAAAGAAGUACAUUUAUUUUUCUGUAAUUAUAGUCAAAGAUUAAUGCCACUGAGUUUGAACAUAGCCUUGAACUAUGUUCGAAUAAGAGGGAGUUUGAUUAGUGGUUCAAAUAAUUCCCCAUUUAAACAAAAAUGGUUUCAGGCUGCUGAGCCACUUUCUGUUACAGUGCACAUUUUUCUAAAAACAAAAUCCAUUUACUUUGUGACCACAUUGCAGUACUUCAAAUCUUCCAUGGAGCAGUAAGUAUCCAAGGCAGAACUUGAAUAUCUACAUUGAAUGUUACAUAUUUAUCACCAGCUGGAGUUAAGUCUUCUCAAACAAUUAAAUGAAAAGACUUGCAAUAUUGUUUAUUUUUACAUUGAGGGUGGAAAAUCUUAAAAAUGUUGUUGUCCUGGUUUCUAGUUCAGACAUUGUUUAUCUUUAAUUUAAGGAUCUGAUCCUUUCCAGGUCUAUGAGUACUUUUUCAUAUUAAUUGUUGAAUAUGAGUAACAAAAUAAGCACCAUUGAAAGCUAUUUAGAGCAUUACCGAGAAAUAGUUUUAUGAUAGUCAAAACCAUUGUGGGGCACUGAAGGUUCCUGGUUUUAUUUAAUUUCCUUGUUUUCUCACAUUGUUACAAUCUUCAACCAGCAAAAUAAAAAUGACUUUCCUGUAGUUGAUAUAUGAAAAUACUAUCUCAAUUCUAGAUUAAAGUUUGAAGUUUUGAAACAGAACUAUAAUAGUUAUUAGUUCUAUUAAUUUCCUAUAUAUCUUGGAAAACACUGAUAUCAUUCCGUGAUGUCCUGUAGCAUAGCUUACAAGUCGGUAAAGUUGGUUAUAAGGGAUACAAAGAAGGUCAUGAUGAACUAAAAUUUGCUCUUUAAUUUAGCCAGUGCGUCUGAUUUCCAUUUAAUUCCAUUGACAUGAUUUGAAUGUAUUUACCAAUAUUGGAAGUGAUUAUGUUAAAAGCAUAAAUUAGAUGAAACUGAAAUAACUCAUAUUUAAUUUCUGCCUGCUUUUAAUCAUAAAAGCUAUCUCUGGCACACCAUUUUGUAUAUUUUUAGUAUAUCUGUCUAAAACAUGACACCAACUGUUAAUUUUAUAGUUUGCAUCCUAUAACAAUACCUUUUGAUUGCUGCUAAAUCUUUUGUGUCUUGGCUAGUAGUAAAAAGCAGCUGUGAGUUUAAACCUGUGGGGUCUCAGAACUAAUCACAGACUUUACAGGAAUUUCAUUUCUGAUUUAAAUUUCUGACUGCAAAUUCCAGAAAAGUCUACUACCAGCAUCUUUGUACUGAUAUCAUUCUGAGCACAGAAAAAUCUGAUAUUGUCUCCAUUUUACAGUCAUAGAUGAAAGAAGCUGCUUGGAAUUGAUCAUGAAUACCAGUUGAGUCAAAGAUUUGACUUAGUUAAAAUAUGUUGCUUGCAUUUGGUCUGUGCACAGUUUAAAAUUUAGAUGAUAGCUUGUCACUGGUAGGCACAGGAGUAUUUUAAGGGUAUUAGGAUAAUUGUUUCAUACCUGAUUGAUCUCGGAACAUGCUGAUAGUGCAAUGCUGCUAUCAGUAUUUUCACCAGAAUCAGUUCAGCAUCAGGUCAUUGAAAAGUCAAAGUAGCGGUGGAAUGGUUAAUUAUUUCUUGAUAAUUUAAAACCAUAUUUUACUUUAAAUUGUGAUGUGAAGAACUUCCUCUGUGUGAUUAAAUGUUAUCAAUAGUUGAAUGUUAUCAUCUUCCACCAUUGCAUUGACAGUCUCCUUGAGACUUUCUUAAUAUUACUUCCAUGCUAGUAUGCAUCAAUGUAUGCUUUUUUAAAAAAAAUGUAAGCACAGCAAGAAUUGCAAUGGCUGAUGUCCCUUGAGGCAAAAUGUAAGUUACUUCAGAUAUAUUAAGUGCUUGGAAUUCCACUGAUCUUGGCAAAAUGUUGAUUAAGGCUACGUCCACACUAGACCAGAUAAUUUUGAAUAUGUCGGUUUUGCAUAAAAACGAUAGGCGUCCACACUAUGCGUUUUUAAAAAUAUCUCUGUCCACAUUGAAAUGGAGAUUUUGUCGAAUCUCCUACUGUGCAUGCACUGGACACAUCAACCAAAAACAAGCGACAUGUUUGGUGUUGAAUCUCGCUGUGAAAGAUGGUGCGUGUUUGUUCAGUUGGCUGUUGUGCAGGAAGAUUUAAAAGUUAAAAAAAAACACAAAUUGCAAAAAAACAAAUACUGAAGCAUAUGGCGGCAACUGAUGGGGAGUUCACAGACUGUAUGACCUGGCUCAUGAACAUUGAAAAGCUGACUAUUUGUUGUAUUAAUAAAGCACCUUGUUAAAUGUAUAAAACAUGUCUGCAUCAGUGUUAUCUUGUAUUUCCAUACAAUGUUACAUUAGGCUGUUACACAUGUAUUGUCAGAAGUACUUGCAUAAAUAGGUAAACCACUUUCAUACGAGCAAGGACAGAAAACAGGGCAAAGUGAGUACAAUAUACUUAUUUAUUCAGUAAGUUAUGGGUCAAAGUAUUUGGUGAGUACAUUUCUAACUCUUCUGGCUUCAGUCUUGCUGUCUGUUCUGAAAUUGUUAGGUUGCAUUCAAGAAAACAAUGAAAUGGUGUGCUGCCGUCUGACAGCGUUUUCAGAAGUCUCCAGUUACCCUGUCCACACUGAUCUGCCCGAGCAGCAUUUUCAAAAAUACCCACCCUGGAAAGCAUUUCUGAGAAGCUCUGGUUUUGGGGGAUGAAAACGCCGUUUUAGUGUGGAUGGAGGGUAAAAACGAAGAGAAAAAGCUUCGGUUAUGGAUUUAUCUGGCGUAGUGUGGACAUAGCCUAAUUUUCAGUUUUAAUUUUCAAGUGUUCUUCCCUAAUUUGCUUUACUAUUUCUAAUGCUCUGCUACUCCUUCCCCUCUCCUGUACCUCCUCCCCCCCCCCCCCACCCCCCAAAUCAUUUUCUUUCUCUGGCUUUUCCUCUUCAUUUCCACUACUGAUAAAGGCUUGUAUCCCAAAAUGUCGACUGUUUAUUCCUGAGUUCUACCAGCAGUUCAUGCGAUGCUCUGGAUUUCUGCAUCUGCAGGUCUCUUGUGUUUAUGGCUGUUUCUAUUUUUCUCUUGCUAUCUUUUCACCGUAGUUUUCAGCAAAAGAGAAUUGCCCAAAGAUCGAGCAAACACCACUGAUAAAAGAAACCAUUAGGGAAGAGCUUGAAUGUGGUUGAUUGAAACUGAUGAACCCAGGGUCUAUUAAUAGGAAAUGGUGAAGUUGGCUGGUUGCUUUUUUUUGAUAGAUGGUGAGGGAGCUAGAGGCAAUCAGACUUCCUUUGUAGGAAUUGGCAGAUGAACUUUUGUUAUUGAUUUGGUUGUUUUUACUAGCCAAUGGAAACUUGGGUCUCAUGGCUUGUGUUAAUCUACUCAUACAUAGUUUCUGAGCACAGACUAACAUUACUACGAGGGUAAAUGUGUUUACAUCUGGUAAUAAAUUUGGGUAGAGGUUAUAGUUAAUUUCUGUUCAGUCAGGCCUUUUGAUGUUCUAGACAAGCAAGGAAUCACAGUAAAUCUAUUACAUGUAAUUUAUCAAGAACUUUAUUAUUCUGUCAACUGGUGUUAUUUGGUAGUUCUGCACAUUUGUUUUUAACUGUUCUGAUUUCUGAUCUACUUAUGGCUCGAAAAUUUAUGGAUAUUGUUUGUAUUUCUAAGCUGUUAGCUGGCACUGCCAGAAAUCAGAGCAAAUGUAUAAGAAGUUUUUUUUUGUUUUACUAUUAGUUGCUUUUUAUAAUAUGUAUAUCUGUAGUAUCAGAAUCUCUUGCCCCUUUUCAGUUAGUUGCCAACAUAAUUUAAAUUUUUUGAAACAUUUAUGAAAAAUUGAAAUGCCACUAUCUGAUACUUUUACGGUUGCAAUUGUACAUUUCAAUGGUUCAAUGGUUGCAUUUAAGAUCAGAGAGUGUAUACAAUGUACAAUCUGAAAUUCUCACUCUCCGCAGACGUCCUCCAAACACAAGAAAAAUAUCCCCAAAAAGGAAUGACAGAAAAAAAAUGUAAGAACCCCUAAAGACCCGUACAUCCCUCCCAUGCACGAGCAGCAUCAACCCUCUCCCCCCCCCCACAACCACUAUGCAAGCAACAGCAAAGCCCCCAAAGAGAAAGCAUGGUCUACAGUACAUUAGAAACUAACUGUUUAUUCCAACAUUUCAACAUCCCACAGUGUCUCUGUCUCUCCCCCAUCUCCCCCCUCCCCC